CUAUUUGGAGACGAUGCUCCACAUUUGAGGAAGCUAGCUAUUCGACUUUUGUCUCAAACAUCAUCUUCUUCUGGAUGUGAGCGGAACUGGAGUGUGUUUGACCAAAUUCAUAGUAAGUGGAGGAAUCGAUUGGAACAUCAAAGAUUGAAUGAUCUUGUUUAUGUGACUUACAAUUUGAGGUUGAAGAAUAGGUGCUUGAAGAAGGAGUGGGCGAAAGACCCAAUUGAUUAUGAACAAUUAGAUAACAUUGAUUUUUGGAUUGUAGAAGAAGAUCCACCUGCAGAUAUAGACUAUGAAGAGCUCGAAAAGACUCUUUAUGAGGAGGAGGAGGAGCAAGGAUCAUCAUCAUCUUCCAACAAGCGUCCUCGUGUUGAAGAGGACUUUGAGUAUGAUGUGACUGAUGAAAUUGACUUCGACAUUUCUCAUCUUGUUGAUGCAAUGGAGAUGGAGAUGGAUAGCUUUAUCUUUGAAGAUUGAGUACUUUUCUUUUAUUAUUUGGAAUUCUAAGUUGAUGUUAUGUGAUGGAUUUAAGAGUGGUGGAUUUAAGGGUUCUUGAAUUUUUAACUAUGAUGGAUUUAAGUUGAUGUUAUGUGAAUGAUUUAAGUGUUGUUGAAUUUUUACUAUGUUGAAUUUAAGUUGAUGUUAUUUAAGUGUGUUGUAG